UCAAUAUAUAAAUUGGCAGUUUGUUCUCCACUAGCCAUUUUUAUCUCUCUCACAGCUUCCAUCGAAGGAGAAACCUCCGCCCCAUCUCUUUCGAUUCAGCUUCCAAUUUUUCCGAUCUCUCUUCAGAAAGAUAUUAGAAAAUGGCUGACGCUGAGGAUAUUCAACCCCUCGUUUGCGACAAUGGAACUGGAAUGGUGAAGGCUGGAUUUGCUGGUGAUGAUGCACCCAGGGCAGUGUUUCCCAGUAUUGUGGGAAGGCCCCGACAUACUGGUGUUAUGGUUGGGAUGGGUCAGAAAGAUGCUUAUGUAGGUGAUGAAGCACAAUCUAAAAGAGGUAUUCUUACCUUGAAAUACCCUAUUGAGCAUGGUAUAGUCAGCAACUGGGAUGAUAUGGAAAAGAUUUGGCAUCACACUUUCUAUAAUGAGCUGCGUGUUGCUCCCGAAGAGCAUCCAGUACUUCUUACUGAGGCUCCUCUUAACCCCAAAGCCAACAGAGAGAAGAUGACUCAGAUUAUGUUUGAGACAUUUAAUGUCCCUGCUAUGUAUGUUGCCAUCCAGGCUGUUCUCUCUCUAUAUGCCAGUGGGCGUACAACUGGUAUUGUGCUUGAUUCUGGUGAUGGUGUGAGUCACACUGUGCCAAUUUAUGAAGGUUAUGCUCUUCCUCAUGCCAUUCUUCGUCUGGACCUUGCUGGUCGUGAUCUCACUGAUGCUUUAAUGAAGAUUCUCACGGAGAGAGGUUACAUGUUUACCACCACUGCUGAACGGGAAAUUGUCCGUGACAUGAAGGAGAAGCUUGCAUAUGUUGCCCUUGACUUUGAACAGGAGCUUGAGACUUCCAAGAGCAGCUCCUCUGUUGAGAAGAACUAUGAGCUUCCCGAUGGCCAGGUCAUCACCAUUGGAGCUGAGAGAUUCCGUUGUCCAGAAGUCCUGUUCCAGCCAUCUCUAAUUGGAAUGGAAGCUGCGGGUAUUCAUGAGACUACAUAUAACUCUAUCAUGAAGUGUGAUGUUGAUAUCAGGAAGGAUCUUUAUGGUAACAUCGUGCUCAGUGGUGGUUCAACUAUGUUCCCCGGCAUUGCUGACCGUAUGAGCAAGGAGAUCACUGCUCUUGCUCCCAGCAGCAUGAAGAUUAAGGUAGUGGCACCACCCGAGAGAAAGUAUAGUGUCUGGAUUGGAGGAUCUAUCCUUGCAUCCCUCAGUACCUUCCAGCAGAUGUGGAUUUCCAAAGGCGAGUACGAUGAGUCUGGUCCAUCCAUUGUCCACAGGAAGUGCUUCUAAGCUUUACAAGUGGUUUUGAUGGUGAGUUCGUUUUCCAUUUAGUUGGAUUUUUUCGUGUCAAGGUGUCAUGUGAACUCAAAUAUGUUUGACCUGGGGAAGUAUCGAGAUAGAGUCAGUGAAGGAGUUACGUACCGAUACCCUGCCAUCUUCGUUAUUUAUGCUGUUAUUGCUUCAAGUGAAAGAUCUAACUGUAAGUCACUUUGGAUGUGGUGGGCUGACAAUUCGGUAUUCAAGAGUCUUUACUUCCUUCACAAUCUUUGAUGCUUCAACCAUAUCUUUUAUUAGGAUGCUUGUAGCUGGAGAGUGAUUGUGAUGCUUUUAUUUUCUUUUUCAUUUUAAUUUUCCUGUUGUUUGAAUAUUUGAAGCUUUUUUUUGUCUCCCUGGGAACAUUUAUGUUAAUAGUGUUAUUGUAGGAUAAUUUUUAUCCAGUGUCAGUUUGCGGGCAUAAACCUUAUUGAAGUUAUAUUUAAUAUUUUGUUUGAAACGA